CUAAUCGUAUGAACCCAAAUUUAACGCCUUCACGAUUGAACAGAGAAGCAGCUUGAACCUCUCUCUCUCUCAAUUAUCCGUACGUCAUUCAGAUCUAACCUUCCAAUUUCCGUUUACAUUGUGUAACUUCCUUUAAUCCAUUCCUUGAUUGAAGUUAGAAGAAUGGGAGCUGCAGGGAAGAGUUUUGAUAUGGAGGAGGAGGAAACACUAGAGAUUGGCAUGGAGUAUAGAACUGUGUCUGGUGUUGCUGGUCCUCUGGUCAUUCUCGAAAAAGUCAAGGGUCCAAAAUACCAGGAGAUAGUUAAUAUUCGUUUGGGAGAUGGAACUACUCGCCGUGGGCAAGUCUUAGAAGUCGAUGGCGAAAAAGCUGUUGUCCAGGUUUUUGAAGGAACCUCUGGCAUUGACAACAAAUUUACAACAGUGCAAUUCACAGGAGAGGUUCUGAAAACACCAGUUUCAUUGGAUAUGCUUGGGCGCAUUUUUAAUGGUUCUGGAAAACCUAUUGAUAACGGUCCUCCAAUUCUACCUGAGGCUUAUCUCGACAUUUCUGGAAGUUCCAUCAACCCCAGUGAGAGAACCUAUCCUGAAGAGAUGAUACAGACAGGGAUUUCUACCAUUGAUGUUAUGAAUUCUAUUGCUCGUGGUCAGAAGAUUCCACUUUUUUCUGCUGCCGGUCUUCCUCACAAUGAAAUAGCUGCUCAAAUUUGUCGUCAAGCUGGUCUAGUAAAGAGGCUUGAAAAAUCUGGGGAUCUCUUGGGAGACGGGGAAGAGGACAAUUUUGCCAUUGUAUUUGCAGCUAUGGGAGUAAACAUGGAGACAGCUCAAUUUUUUAAGCGUGAUUUUGAGGAAAAUGGAUCAAUGGAGAGAGUGACCCUUUUCUUAAAUUUGGCCAAUGAUCCCACCAUUGAGCGUAUUAUCACCCCUCGAAUUGCCCUCACUACUGCAGAAUAUUUAGCUUAUGAAUGUGGGAAGCAUGUUCUAGUCAUACUAACUGACAUGAGUUCUUAUGCUGAUGCUCUUCGUGAGGUAUCUGCUGCACGAGAGGAAGUGCCCGGAAGGCGUGGAUAUCCUGGGUACAUGUACACUGAUCUGGCAACAAUUUACGAGCGUGCAGGGCGUAUUGAAGGGCGAAAAGGCUCUAUCACUCAAAUUCCAAUCUUAACUAUGCCCAAUGAUGAUAUCACUCAUCCUACUCCAGAUCUUACUGGCUAUAUCACUGAGGGUCAAAUAUACAUUGAUAGGCAACUUCAAAAUCGGCAGAUAUACCCACCUAUUAAUGUGCUCCCAUCACUUUCUCGUUUAAUGAAGAGUGCUAUUGGUGAGGGAAUGACUCGUCGGGACCACGCUGAUGUUUCUAACCAGUUAUAUGCAAACUAUGCUAUUGGAAAAGAUGUCCAGGCAAUGAAAGCUGUUGUUGGAGAGGAAGCACUUUCUUCUGAGGACUUGCUUUAUCUAGAGUUUCUGGAUAAAUUUGAGAGAAAAUUUGUGGCCCAAGGGGCCUAUGACACCCGCAACAUCUUUCAGUCACUUGAUCUUGCAUGGACACUACUCCGCAUCUUCCCUCGUGAGCUCCUCCACCGUAUUCCAGCAAAGACUUUGGAUCAGUAUUAUAGCCGUGAUGCAACAAACUGAGUGUUAUGAAGUAAGUGGCUUCUUAUUUCAAUCUAUAUACUCGAGUUAGAACACGCCUGAGUUUUGCAAUUAUUUAAUCCAAGUUCGAUACCUGGUCCAUUUCACUCUGAAAAAAAAAAAUGGUUCGGCUUCUCAACUAGAGUGCAUCGAGUUUGUUUGUUUAGUUAUAUGAAAUUCUUUGUUUCAAGAACUUGAAAGCUUUUGUAAUAACUCUGCACCUUUCACUUAUUAUUUGAUAAUUUAUAUUUCUGCACCGCACUCCAGCCAUGCUGGGAAUGAUAGGGAGUGUAAUAGAAACUCAAAAGCCCUUUGUAUGAACUGUUUUUUUUACAUCUUUCUUAAAUAAAAAAUAAUGAUGUGCAAUUAAUUUGUGGAAA